GUCAACAAUGAAUACUCCUAAUAGAUAUGCGCCAUAUUUUUGGAACAUCAUAUAUCUAACAAAUAACUUUACAGUGACCACAGUAAAAAGAUAGUUAAAAUAUUUUUAAAAAAUUUUAAGUUGGCAAAAGAAAAAGUUUAACCAUGUGGUGGUACUUAUUUGCAAUUGCAUUGAAUGUAAACUGCGCUCCCGUACCCCAAGAAGAUGGAAAUGUUAUAAAACGAUAUCCUUACAUAGUAAGAAACGAAAACCGAAUAGUUGCACUUGUUGAAUUGCAGGGUAAUAACAUCAAAGGCGAAAUAUGGUUUGAUCAAUCUUAUAAUGAUGCAACAUAUAUAGAAGGCUACAUCUCAGGAGUCUCACCUGGUAAGCAUGGUUUUCAUAUCCAUGAAUUUGGUAAACUAUCAGAUGGCUGCAAAGAUGCAGGUGCGCACUAUAAUCCUUUAAUGGUUAAUCAUGGUGGGAAUAUGGAUAAGGUUCGACACAUAGGAGAUUUGGGUAAUAUAGAUGUUGGUAAAGAUGGAGUGGUGCAACUUUCUUUAAAAGAUACAGUUGUAAAUCUAUUUGGCAAUUAUAGCGUAAUUGGAAGAACUUUAGUUGUUCACCUUAAUGAAGAUGAUUUGGGGAAAGCAGAUAACGAAGAAAGCAAAAAAACAGGAAAUGCAGGGCCAAGAAUUGCAUGUGGAAUAAUCAAAAGAGUAAUGCACUAUUGAUCUUUCUUAGUGAAUCACUGUCAUAAUCUUAAAAAAAUUUCUUCAGAACUUCGCAGUUGUAAACGUUCAUUGAAAUUAGAAACAUUUAGAAGUUAAACUGUGGUUAUAAAUAUUUCUCUUUUAUUUUUAAAAGAUUUUUGUAGAAAUGUGUUUUUGAUUUUAAAAAUACAUUUCUGUUUAUUGAUAGAAAUAAUCCUUAUUGUUAUUUGUAUGUGUCUUAGGGAUUGUCCAUAAAUUACGCAACGCUAAUUUUAACUAAUAAACAAAGCAAAUAAGAUCAAAAGUUUUCCCUCGCAAAUCCUUACUUAAACCAAAGGUCAAAUUAGUUACAUAAGUUCAGUGAAAAUCGCUGCGCAUAAGAACAAAUGAUCUCCAACUUCUAUUUAUUAAAUAAUGUUCGCGUUGCGUUAUUUACGGACGAUCCCUUAGGUUAUUUUUUGCUAAAUAUUUGUUUCUUAUUAUUUAUUCGUUUUAUUUUAAUAAAUAUUGAGCUUUUUUUUUAUGGAGGUUCUCAUUUUGAGAAAUCUACUUUUUUAAAGUUGUUUUGGAUAAUUUUAAAUGAAGCA